GGCUGAAUCAUAAUCGUUAGGCUGGUGCUUCACACGAACGCGUCGCGCGGACGUCGGCGGAGAGCGAGCGGCUCCUCGGCGAGAGAGACGUAGCUGGAGACUCCAGACUGCGGCCUGAGGAGCUCUGGUGUCUAAUAAUCCUCCACAGCGCUUUGGACUCUGAGCGGCGUUCUGCUCCUGGAUAUGCUCUGGUCUUGAGAUCUCAUGAAAAGGGCAGUGUACAAGAUGUCUGCGACAAACGAAACCGGGGGCGGAGGACCUCAAAAGAGUGCAAGCAAAGAUCACAAAAAGCCUACAGCGGAGGCGGUGAGGGGAGCCAUUCAGCUUGGCAUCGGCUACACGGUGGGCAAUCUCUCUUCAAAGCCUGACAGAGACGUUCUGAUGCAGGACUUUUAUAUGGUGGAGAGCGUCUUUCUUCCCAGUGAAGGCAGUAACCUGACCCCAGCACAUCACUACCCCGACUUCCGCUUCAAAACCUACGCCCCGGUGGCCUUCCGCUAUUUCCGAGAACUGUUUGGGAUUAAACCAGACGACUAUCUGUAUUCUAUUUGUAAUGAGCCUCUAAUUGAGCUGUCGAACCCCGGGGCGAGCAGCUCCUGGUUCUACCUGACGAGUGACGACGAGUUCAUCAUCAAGACAGUGCAGCACAAAGAGGCCGAGUUUCUGCAGAAGCUGCUUCCUGGGUAUUACAUGAACCUUAACCAGAACCCGAGGACACUCCUGCCCAAGUUCUACGGCCUUUACUGCGUCCAGUGUGGAGGUGUCAAUAUCCGGCUGGUGGUGAUGAACAACGUCUUGCCUCGUUCCAUAAAAAUGCACUACAAAUAUGACCUGAAGGGUUCGACCUACAAGCGGCGAGCUUCACGCAAAGAAAGAGCCAAAUCCUCGCCCACCUUCAAAGACUUAGACUUUCAGGAGAUGCAUUUUGAAGGCCUGCACUUCGACGCAGACACGUACAACGCCCUGAUGAAGACGCUGCAGCGAGACUGCAGGGUUCUGGAGAGCUUUAAGAUCAUGGACUACAGUCUGCUGCUGGGGGUCCAUGUUCUGGAUAAGAAGAUAAGAGAGAGAGGAGGCCGGGGGGACAGCCGGCGGCAGGGAACCCAGAAAGUUCUGUACUCCACAGCCCUGGAGUCCAUUCAGGGAGGAGGCAAACCAGCCGAGCCGAUGCCGGACACUGACGAUGAAACAAUGGGUGGAAUUCCUGCUAAACACAAAGAUGAGAAGUUGCUGAUCUUUUUGGGCAUCAUUGAUAUCCUACAGUCUUACAGAUUCAUCAAAAAGGUCGAGCACUCAUGGAAAGCCCUUGUACAUGAUGGCGACACUGUGUCGGUCCACAGGCCGAACUUCUAUGCUGACAGGUUCUUGAAGUUUAUGGGAGGAACUGUAUUUAAAAAGAUCAAUCCUCUUCGAGGUGCUUCCUCUCGGAGGAAAAGAAGCUCAAUCCAGCCCAUCAGGUCUGUAUCACAGGAGGUGCUCUCAACUGUUAAAGAGGAGACAAACGAGGACAGGAAAGCACAAAGCAUGGAAAACCUAGACGAUGCAGGUUCAGGCUCCUGUCAGAAACCUGAUCUCAUUCCAAGCUCCUCCAACCUGAACGUGACCAUUUCAGCUGGUACCAUGUCCUCCAACUCCUCUUUAGACGACCUUAAGCUUGAGCAGGACAUGGAUAUAGAUGACAGUGGUCAUCGUCGAACCUCCAGCUCGACCCUGGCUCUAGACGACAGCGCCCAACCAGUGUCCCCUCAGAGCAGCACCCCUGAUUCAGAGCUGGAUGUGUACUUGGAUGAAACGCACAACUAACAGCCUUGCGUCACACAGUUGAUGCGUGAAGAUUGCUGAACCAGACCUGCUAGCUGAAAUGAAAAUGUCUACAAGAAGAUCAAGCACAAAAUGGACAUACAAUCUGUUAGCCAUAUUCCUUCAAAGAGCACAUACUCCAGCCAAAAAUGCUGCUAUAGAUGCUAAAAGCAUUGGAAGCUGGUAUGCAGUUAGCACAGUUAGCGUUGACCGAAUGAGUUCAUGCUUGAUGCUAGCUUUUGUAUCUUUAUGUUUUAGCCAUGUUAGCUUAGCAUUUUUGUGUGAAGUAUGUGUUUUAGUCAGAGCUCUCUGACAGGGUCAAUGCUGGCUGUUGGCCAGCUGUCUCAGAGGGUCACUGACUUUAAUAUUGCACAUUAUAAAUGAAGUCCCUUGCUACUUAUUGCUGCUAAUGAAGAAAAGGCUGAGACAUGCCUUGAGUUAAAAAUGGCAGACUGAUUUAUCUACCACACUGUAGAGAUAGAUGUACAGCUUUCUACUGUUUUGUACGUCUGUGUCCGUUCUGGGGACCCCACUACACUGCCAAAUUUGGAAUUUAUACUGUUAUUAUUAUUAUUAUUAUUAUUAUUUCUGUUCCUAAACACAUCACAUGUCUCUCAGGGAGAGAGACAAAAGAGCUAAAUCACAGGUGAUGCAGCAGACAAAACUGAAAACUGGGUCUGAAGGACAUUUCUAUGAAGUCUGAAGGUCUGUUUUAUACAUUCAGAGGUUUGCUAUGAACGCAAUAUAUUUCAGAACAGGUCACAUUGGUACUAUUGUUGAUUAUUUCUGAGAAGUGUCUUAGAAAUAGGUUAAGAUCUAAAUGUCUUAGUGCCAAAUAAAAAAAAUGCUUCAAUCAUUUGAUGAUAAUUGUUGAAAUUUGAUCUUAAAGCACAAAUCAACCGUUAAUAAUGUGGAAAGUGGUUUUCCACACUAAAAGAUUCUUGUGGGUCCUAUAUGAAAUAUUUCAUAUCUUCACAAAAUGUAUAAUAUUAAGUAAUAUAUUUUAAGUGUUUUUUGUGUAUUUAUAGAAAAGUGUAUGAUAGUUAUUGUGCUAUUAAAAGCUCCA